AUGACGCACCAGCGGAAUGGAUUGCUGGAAGGCCAUGGCUCGCACAUCGAGUUCCAGGAUCUCCAGUAUGCCACUGGCCACAUCCAACGUAUGUAUCGCUUCUACAUGUUCCUGCCAGAGCAAGGAAAGCCCUACAAGACCAUGUGGGUGACGGAUUUGGAGUAUGUCAAGAAGGAGCGCGAUAGAUGCCUGAAGCUUUUAGAGAAGAAGAGCCAGAAGAGAAAGAAGUCGCCAGGGAGUAAGCCGCUCACGGUGGAUCCAUAUCACCCCAGGGCGGGUGAGAUUCCCCAUGGCUUAGUUUUAUCCAGCUCCAGGUUCUUAUCCAACUAA